GAGUGACUGUUCCUUAUCACCCCAGUUCCUUUUUUUUUCUCUCUCUCUCUCUGUCUCCUGCCUUUUCCAGAAGUCUGUCAAACUCAGAGGGCUGAAUGAGAGCAGUCUUCCCUCUGUGGCUGGGAAACUACACGGGAGGAACCGUAUCCUGACACAGACACGAUGCGGUGUUCCAUUAGGAAAUGCUUCAUACCCUCAGUGGGCAUCGUAUUCCUGUGGCUCUUCAUCACUUUGAAAAUCCCCAAGGAAACUGAAGAUGACCAAAAAGUGAUGACUAUCAAAGGCCAAGUAGCAAGGCUUGAGCCUUAUCAGUUUGGGAACUGGGAAUAUAGGGUGGAAAUGGUGUGGACAGGCAGAUUCUUGAAAACCCCUGGGCUUUCUUCCUUCCUGUACCUUUUCACCUGAGAGCAGGAAGCUCCAAAGGGAAUGGGGGUAGGGACCUGGGCCUAUUAGUCCAUGAAGAAGCUGUACUUAUUUUCCUUAUUUGUUAAGGUAAAGAAGAGAGUAAAUACUGCUUGAGCCCUGGAUAUUUUAGCCAACGGACAGGUAUCCUGAGAAUGUGCUGGGCUCACUUUAGGGAGAAUGGUUCACUCCACCUCUUUCCCUAGAAAAGCUGAUGGGGAGCCACUGGGGUGUAAACUUUGUUCUUUUUAUGAAAGGAUAUAUAUGUUUACCCUUGUCAAUGCCCCAGGAGGCCAGUUAUAACAGCAGGAAGGACCCAAGACCACUCGAAGACUGGCAGAACCUCACCUUCAAAUAUAUGGAAAAAAUCCAGAAGAGAAGAAAGACAUGGCUGACAGUGGGGAUAUCGUCAGUGCAGCAAGGGGACAGAAGCAGCCUCUUGUACACAUUGGUUUCCCUGUUCCGUGUUUCCUCUAAGGCUGAGCAGAAACACCUCACGGUGCUGGUCCACCUGGCAGAUUCUGACCUCACCUGGCUCAGAGAAACUGUUGCCCAUAUUUCAAGCCUCUUCAGCCCACAGAUCUUGAAAGGGCAGUUGCUAAUGAUCCAUGCUCCAUCCGAUGCCUACCCCACUGUUGACAGUGUCAGAGAUGAAGCCUUUCGUGGCGAAUUCUACUCCAAGCAGAACGUAGAUCACGCCUUCCUCAUGAGCUUUGCCACAAAGCUCUCUGAUUACUUCCUGUUAAUAGAGGACAAUGCCUUUUUUGCCCCCAACUUUGUCACCCACAUUCAUUCAAGGGUGACCACCAUGAAGUCCAACUCAUGGGCGCUACUGGAGUUUUCCAAUAUGGGCUUCCUUGGCAAACUCUUUCACAGCAGGGACCUCCCGCUCCUGGCCCAUUUCCUCCUCCUCUUCUACAAGGAGAAACCCCUUGACAGCCUGAUUUCUCAUUUCCGUAUGCUCCUGGUCCAGGAAAGCCCAAUCCUCUGCAAACCUUUCCUAUUUUACCGCAGGGUCUCCUACACCGCCUUUGAUCACAAGCAGAAGGCCACAGCACUUCAGAAAAAGAAUGCUGAUGGUCCCAACAACCCACCUGGAGCUGUCUUCACUGAUAUGCAGGUUUCCGAUGUGCAUUUCCCCUGGGAGGCCUACACUCUGGAUGAGUCAUUCUUUUGGACACACAACCUUAGUAUAGGAAACCACCUGACAGUGAUUCUGAACCAUCCAGCAAACCUGAGCAGGGUGCAAGUGAUAACGGGCUCCAUUGUGGAUGGGAGGUAUGCCCUGGAGAAGGGGCAGGUGGAGCUGGGCUACGAACCUGAGGGGGUGCCUCAGCACUGCACCAGCUUCGCCUUGCUGGGACAUCUUUCAGAGGGGCAGAUGGAUCGGGAGAUACAUCUGAAAGGUAUGGGGUACCACGUGAGCUGUGUGAGGCUGGUGGUGAAAGCUGGUCAGGCUGGGGGGCUCAUGAUCAGGCAUAUCUACCUCUGGGAGAAAAAUGACAAAUAGCAGCAAGUGGAUCAAUGCUGAAGAUAAAUCAGUAGGGGGAUGAAAAAUUAAAAUCUUAAAGCCAUUUCAUUCUAGUCUAUAUGAGUAACACAGGGGAGACACAAGGGAAUGAAGGGCAGACAGAGAAGACUAUCAGUCUUUUGGUGCUGCCAAGAUGUCAGGAGACUUGUUGCUUCCUUUCUACCCAAACAACUCUCAUAGGAUAUCUUUUGCUGAGGCACAUAUAGCUUAUCUGCAUUUGAGGAGAGUUUUGGUCACUCCCAAAUUCUUUAGAUACCUGGGAUGCUGAGAUCAGCCUAAAUCAAGGUGUCCAUGUGUGUACAUGUGUGUGCGUGUAUGCACUUCUAUGUUCAAACACAGGCAGAGGUAGGGAUGAGGUAUAUGGUCAUAGGAGGGCAGGCAGGAAAAUCAUGGCUGAAUCCCUGGAAUUGACAUUAUAAAAAGCCAUAAAAGGGACUCUCAUUAGAAGUCAAAAUCUCUGAAGUGCAGGAAAGUAGCAGAUGGACAAAUAGCAAUAAAACGAAUCCCUUAACUCUAUCCUUGAAGCUGUUUCACAGUGCCAAUCUAGUUCCUUCCUUUCCUCACCAAUAAACCUGGGCACAAAUAGGUUGCAACUAGGCUGGGUAUGGUGGCUUAUGCCAGUAAUUCCAGCCUCCCUUAGAGGCUGAGGUGGGAGGAUCUCUUGAGGCCAGCAGUUCAAGACCAACCUAGGCAACACGGCAAGACCCUGUCUCUACAAAAAAUUUAAAAGUUAGCCAGGUUGUGCUGGCAUGUGCCUGUGGUCCUAGCUACUUAGGAGGCUGAGGCAGGAGGAUUACUUGAGCACAGGAGGUUGAGGCUGCAGUGAGCCAUGAUCAUGCCAUUAUACUCCAGCCUGGGCAACACAGUGAGACUCUGUCUC